CAUAUUUGCUCGGACGUUGACCGACUGACGUUGUCAACUUGUCAAAAAAAAAUCAUAAAAAAAGGAAAACUAACAUCGGACUGGUUAUUACGAGCAGACUGUUUAUUCGGCUUUGAGUUUCGAAAUUGUUACCUUAUCCGCUCAAAUAUAAAAUAAUCUUUCUAAAAUGAGUUUAGUAGCUAACACCGGGAAAUUGGCUGGCCGGACGCUGUUCAUUACUGGCGCGUCUCGUGGUAUUGGUAAGGCUAUUGCUUUGAAGGCGGCUAAGGAUGGCGCGAACGUUGUGAUUGCCGCAAAAACAGCUGACCCGCAUCCGAAGCUCCCGGGAACUAUUUACACAGCAGCCGAGGAGAUUGAAGCCCUCGGAGGCAAGGCCCUGCCAUGCAUUGUAGAUGUGAGAGACGAGAAGCAGGUCCAAAAGGCUGUGGAUGAGGCUGUCAAGAAGUUCAACGGCAUUGACAUCCUGGUGAACAAUGCGUCUGCCAUCUCGCUGACCGGCACUGCUGACACCGACAUGAAGAGAUACGACCUCAUGCACAACAUCAACACCAGGGGAACUUUCUUGGCGUCCAAGCUGUGCCUGCCGCUUCUGAAGGCGAGCAACCAUGCACAUAUCUUGAACCUCUCCCCACCUCUCAACAUGAACCCUUACUGGUUCUCCCUCCACGUGGCGUACACUAUGGCUAAGUACGGCAUGUCGAUGUGUGUGCUCGGCAUGGCUGAGGAGUUCAAGGAGUUCAACAUCGGCGUCAACGCUCUGUGGCCUAAGACUGCGAUCGCGACUGCUGCCAUCGAGAUGUUGACUGGCACCAGCUCCACCAGCCGCAAAGUUGACAUCGUCUCCGACGCCGCAUACGUCAUGCUUUGCAAAGACCCCAAAACCUACACAGGCAACUUUGCCAUCGACGAAGAUGUCGUGAAGUCCGUUGGCGUCAAGGACUUGACCCCCUAUGCUUGUGACCCCAAGAACGUCGAUAACCUAUUACUGGACGGUUUCCUGGAUGCUCCCGAGUCGCUAGCGCACCACAAGGCUACCGUUUCUUCGGCCAAUCGCGCCAGACAGUACCAUACGUCUGCCGUUAACUACAAGGAAAAGGAAGCCGCGGGAGACGGUCAGAUCCCAACUUUGUUUGCUUCCAUAAGCAAAGUUCUAUCAUCAGACCUGGUACAGAAGACUCAAGCCAUCUAUCAGUUCAAUGUUAAAGGUAAGGAGGAAGGAGUAUGGCACAUUGACCUCAAGAACGGCGACGGCGUGUGCGGCCAGGGCGAGCCCAAGAACCCGCCCGACGCGACACUCACCAUGGACGGACAGCACUUCGCAGAGAUGUUUGCUGGUAAGCUGAAGCCAACCACCGCAUUCAUGAUGGGCAAACUGAAGAUCAAGGGAGAUAUCCAGAAGGCAAUGAAAUUAGAGAAAAUGAUGAAAUCUCUCCAAAAGAAGAAGUAAUGAGGAAACCACUCUUCCCCUGUCAAAUACUGUAUUAGUAGUUGUGAUAUAAUCACAGCUACUUUGAGGAGGUUGUUGUAUAAUCUUAGAUUUAUAUUGAAAAUACAGAAAAUGUAAUAUAGAGAAGAGCACUGGGUGUAUAAAUUGAUCAGUUCCUUAUUCAAACACGAACAAAAUAUGUUUGUUGUAAAGCAAGAAUGUUAACAGUCUGCACUAAAACAUUAUGUAUGAUAAAUGUUUGUAUAUUUGUAACUAGAUUGGUCAAUGAAUGUUAAAGUUUUUAAAGUGAUGAAAGAGGCAUCUGCUGAAUAAUCUUGUUAUAUUUGAAAUUGUGUAUUUACGUGAAUUAUGCAUAUUGCAACAUACAAACUUUGUUACAAACUGGUGCCUUUGGUGUAGGUACUAAACUGCCAAAAAAAUAUAUUUUUCAAGCAGCUAUAGUAUUUUUAUAAAAUUAAACAUAUAAUGAAAUAUUGUAACCAGAUGUUUGUAAAUAAAACUAUUUUUACAUAA